GCACCUCAUAAGCUUGACUGGUCAACAGCUUACCAGACUUCACUUCCAAAGCAUACUAUAAGCCCUUUGCAGUUUCCCACGCGUCGGUGCUGGGCAUUGCGUAACUAACCUAGGUAACGAGCGAGCAGCCCUGCGGCUUACAUAACCACCGCGCAGGUCAGGUGUAUUGGAGCAUUCAUUCCAUCCACUCGUUGACCAACCUCAACAAGAUACCUUACAAACAGCUACCCCCGUCCACUUCGGUCGUUGCUUUGUCGGCCUUUAUCUCCACCGAGAACCACUGAUUCAACUUUCUGCGAGCAGAUCAUUGUCUUGGACAUACCUCCGCCCUGCCAUCUUCCCUUCUCCUAAGACACGCCCGUUGGAUAUACCUUCCUCCCUCCCCGCAUCAUGGCCGCCGACCUCUCCAACUCCGGGGAGCUCUACGAAUCUGGACUGACCGUCCACUCGGACUCCGAGGUUUAUUCCGCCAACCACGAUGACUCUUCGCAUUCUUCUUCCACUUCGAGCUCCCCUCUGAUCCUCUACAAGCCCCCGACGUUCUGGAGCAUUCUGCGCGGCGCCGCGAUCAACCUGGUGCUUCCUUUCGUGAACGGCUUGAUGUUGGGAUUUGGCGAGUUGUUUGCACAUGAGGCUGCCUACAGGCUAGGCUGGUCCGGCACGAAGGUAUUCCCCAUGCAUCGACGAUCUAGGCCAGCUGGACCUGGCAUUGAAGUGCGCGAGCUCCCGCAGCGACGGAGCACUAGAGCCGCUGGUCUGCAAGACACCACGUCCUUGGAGUAGACGAUGAUUGGGGUGGGCAGCAGCAUUAUAGAUCCUUAAAACCAGUGAAGCGGUCAUCAGGGUAGGCUAGGGAACAGUCUUCCGAACGCACUUCAUCUGUCAAAACAAGCAGCGCAGGAUGCGUGCGUUUGUGGAGAAGUUCUAGUGUACAUAGAUCUAAGCAUCAGUUGAUAGGCUUGACCUAACGGCGUCCGGCGAAGCUCAUACAUUUGACAAAUUUGUAGCAUAUUAUUCACAAAGAGAAUGGAC